AUGUCUCAAAUGCCUCUUCGGACGAGAUCACGCUCACCCACUUCCAGGCCGACGACUCCUCUUCGUCCCGCGUCACGUUCCUCAUUUCGUGCCUCCGUCCACCAAAACAAUGGGGUGUUCACGGGGCCUGGACUGCCGCUCGACUCACUCGAGCCACAGUUCGCGGAAUUGAGUGAUUCAAUGGCUGAUCUGGAGGCAAAUUUGAUGCACUUGCAGCUCAUGCACGAGAGUCUCAGUCGGUUUGGGGAGAGUUUUGCCAGUUUUUUGUAUGGGUUGAACAUGAAUGCCUUUGUCGUUGAUUUUCCAGAGGCUCCUAUCACAGAGUCGAUUAAACGCUGGCAAAAGCGUCAGCAGGGAGGUCAGGGAAAUCUCGACGAUCAGUCGACAACAAUGCAAAACAAUACCACCACUGGUGAGGGGAGUGCAGAUGCCACUUUUAUGACUACAGCAGAUGCAAGUUUCGCAAGCUUGAAGGCAACUCCACGCCGUAAAAGCAUGGCCCCAUCUGUGACACCCGGAACUGCCUCAACUAUCAAGCAAAGCAAUCUGCCUGCCGGUCGUGGAGGUGCUGCCGCUGGGACGAGAGGAGCUAGAGGCAGUGCUGGCAGUCGUGGCUCGAGAGGAAGUGGUCUGCCACGGGGUAGAGCGAGGGGAAGCAAGUAG